AUGAGUCGAGAAGAGCUUAUAGAACGGAUAAAGAGACAGAAGAGUCCUACGUUGCAGCGUCGAAAUGUUGGUUCGGACGGAAGGGCAUCGCCAAUAUCUCGCACAAGCUCUCCCAGACCUUCUGGUUCUCCUCUUCUGCCCGCGCUGGAACUGAAGACAUCCCCAAAGUCCGGGACCGAGGCCCAGCCUGCACCGAGCAGCAAUGAGGUUGGCCUGCAGAUUGAGCGACCCAGAUCAGCCCUGCACUCUGGAGACUUUCGACCAUACAAAGACUCUGCGAAAGAGGGGGGCGGCUCAGUAAGUGCCAUCGCUACUUCUCCAACCGUGCCAUGGCAUCGGGACUUUCCAAUUUCCGCUCACCCAUCUGCAAAUGUGGCCGCAAACUCUGGCCAUAUGGAUGCCGUCUAUCAGAGGUUUUCUGGGGAAACUCGAAAUCGAAACAUCUCCCAGACUUCCUUGUCAAGCGUUAUGCUGCUGCCACCAACAAGUCCCCUGGUUCAGCAGUCGAACAACACCGAUCUUGACUUCUCCCCAAAGCCUCAGAUGAUGUCCAGGAGCCCUACAAAGGAGAGUAGGCGCCAUACCUUCUCACCACAUUCUUUUCAGACUCUUCGUUCCUCUAGCGUGACGUCCACGCCUACUGCGCGCCAUUUACCCUCCCUCAGACGGGAAGGUACUUAUCCUUACCAGGCACACCAGCCCAGACGAUCACUCAGCAACGUCCCCAAUUUAUAUUCCAAUUCCACGCCACAAACGCCUUUAUUGAGUCCGCGCAGACCAUCUAUUUCAUCAGAGAUAUCACCACUUCACCAUGCUCCUAUGGUUGGAUCGUAUGAAGAAUCAAUCCUUCGUGGGCGCAUGUCCACAACUCCGUCAAAACCCCUAAACUUUCUUGCGCAAAUCGGCGUUCUGGGCAAAGGACACUGUAGAGCAAACUUGAAAUGUCCCCCACACGUCACAGUACCAUUCCCUGCCGUUUUCUACAGUUACAACUCGGGGACUGGGAGAGUGGCUGAUGAUUCUCCGAGUCCUUACGUAGGUCUGAUAGAUCUGGAACAUUCACUGAAACCGCCAGAAGAGAUGGACGACAAAUCUCGGCGACGGAAGCGUAACAAAGCAGCUGUGCAAGCUGGAACUCAGACACCACCUGCUGGCUCAAAUGAUGCUGCCGAAGCAAGUAAUAAGCAGCGCAAGCAGGAGAAAAGGAAGCGGCGGUCUGCUUCACCCAGGGCUCCUCCUGGAGGAUGCUACCGCAUUCCACAGCAGGGCCAACUGCAGAUUGUGAUCAAGAACCCAAACAAGACAGCAGUAAAGCUUUUCCUCGUACCGUAUGACCUCAGUGAUAUGGAGCCCGGGCAGAAAACUUUCAUACGCCAAAGAUCUUACUCCGCCGGUCCGAUUCUUGAUAUGCCAGUAGCUGCUCGUAAAAACUACGGUACGGAUCGCCCAGAGGCUUCUUUGUCACAUUCAGACGACCCGAAUGACCGCCCGGUUUUACGCUACCUCAUACAUCUUAAUAUAUGCUGCCCUAGCCAGAACAAAUACUAUCUGUACAAGGGAGUCCGGGUGGUUUUCGCUAAUCGAGUACCUGAUGGGAAGGAGAAACUUCGCAACGAAGUCCAGCUACCAGAGCCACGCUACAGCCUGUACAAACCGUCAAGAGAUUCCAUGUCCUUCACAGCACCGUCAGCUGCAGCAACUCAGCUCACAUCAGACAUCGCCAACCGCCGAAGGAGCUCCGGCUUCGCACUAUCGCAACAUAUGCUCGAAAACAUGGAUGGUUUUGGAGCUCACACGCCCACAAACGCAUAUCCACGGUCCUCACCCUACACCACCUUUUCUCCGUCUUUUAGUCCUGUCCCCUUCAGUCUCUCCAAGCUUGAUACUCUACAAUCGAGACCCUCCAGUCGCGGCCAGCAAUCGACAAACGACCCGAUGGAGGAUAGAUCUCGCCCAAACUCGAACUCAACGUCGUCACCCCAAUCUCCUGGCGCAGAGGAGGCGUACGAGAAGUUUACAAGGGGUGUAUCUGGCUAUACCAGCCCUGGAUCGCAACAGUCUCGCCUCGCUGGUGAGGGGCUUCUGGCGCGUAAACUGAGAGGCUUGGACAUGUGA